AUGCGUGUAUAUUGUAGUGAACUUUUGCGAUUAGUAGAGCGACUGCCUUUUCGAGGCAUUUUUUGUCAGUUAAACUGUUCGGUUUCUCGCUUUUGGUAUUUAUUACUGUUUUUGUCCAGUUGGCAUGUCACUGUAGGAAUUUCGCUUCAUUUAAUGAAUUAUUCCAAAGAGAUUAGGGACAGACCAAUGAUUCCCAACAGCUCUUCAAAUGGAAACUCAUACGCUUCUGGAUCAGACGAAUAUGCAAAUUCCGCUUACUUCAGAUUUAAUAUUGAGGUCACAAGUGCUAGAAUUGAUGAGAGUCACAUGCCUGAACAUCUAAGGCAUCAUCAGUGGACCAUGGAUAGAGUCCUUGGAGAAGGUAAGUGAGC